UUGCCUGUAAAUUAAAGAAUCAAGCAACUUGAGGUAGACUCUUUUGAUCAAUCCCAAAUUACUGACAAAUUUCAAAACUAAUUAAUUGAAGGUGUUGCCGGGAAUUACCAAAACCGGCCGGAUAUGUUGGCGGCGAAACCCCCACAGCCAUCGCCGUCCGCCGCGGUCUGCACUGUCCGAGGCUCUCUCCUCUCUCUUGCCGCCUUGACGCUAGUCUCCUUUACUUAUCUUUCACUUAAAUCCCUCCACUCCCCUUCUUUCCAACUAUCCACCACCCCUUCGUCACACACUGUACAAGUCUCUCAGCCUCAGGUAAGAAUCGAUGAUGAGGGUGUUGAUGAUGAGGUGUAUCAUUUACCGAAGAUGUUCAAAUUGAACUACGAGGAAAUGGAAAGGAGGUUUAAGGUUUAUAUAUAUCCGGAUGGGGAUCCGAACACGUAUUACCAGACGCCGAGGAAGCUGACGGGAAAAUACGCUAGCGAGGGCUACUUUUUUCAAAAUAUUAGGGAGAGUAAGUUUGUUACAGAUGAUCCGGAUCAGGCUGAUUUGUUCUUCAUCCCGAUCUCUUGUCAUAAGAUGCGAGGCAAGGGAAUAUCGUAUGAGAAUAUGACUGUGAUUGUACAGAACUAUGUGGACAGCUUGAUGUUCAAGUAUCCUUAUUGGAAUAGAACUCUGGGUGCAGAUCACUUCUUUGUUACUUGUCAUGAUGUUGGUGUGAGGGCCACUGAAGGACUUCCAUUUCUUGUAAAGAAUUCAAUCCGUGUCGUUUGUUCUCCAAGCUAUGAUGUUGGAUUUAUACCACACAAAGAUGUUGCCCUACCACAAGUUCUGCAGCCCUUUGCCCUCCCAGCUGGAGGAAAUGAUGUGGAAAACAGGACCACCCUUGGUUUCUGGGCAGGGCAUAGGAACUCUAAAAUUCGGGUUAUCCUGGCACGCGUGUGGGAGAAUGACACAGAACUUGAUAUUUCAAACAACAGAAUAAACAGAGCAACUGGACAUCUAGUGUAUCAAAAGAGAUUUUACAGGACUAAAUUCUGCAUUUGCCCUGGUGGUUCGCAGGUCAACAGUGCCCGCAUUGCAGAUUCCAUACAUUACGGGUGCAUCCCUGUGAUACUCUCUAAUUACUAUGACCUGCCUUUUAAUGACAUUCUGAAUUGGCAUAAAUUUUCGGUUGUACUAAAGGAGAAAGAUGUCUACCGGCUGAAGCAAAUUCUUAAGAAAAUAACACAAGAAGAAUUUGUCAAGUUGCACUACAAUUUGGUCAAGGUUCAGAAGCACUUCCAGUGGAACUCACCUCCCAUCAAACGCGAUGCUUUUCAUAUGGUGAUGUACGAACUCUGGUUGCGCCAUCAUGUGAUCAAGUACUAACUGCUGAAUCUUUUAAAGAAUUCAAGGAUCAAACGCUGGAAUUUGAUGAACAGGACCCGAAAGAGCACGAGUCCUUUCAAAUACAUGGCAAUAUGGAUCCUCCUCUUUCUUCUCGAUCAAAUGAUCCAUGUUUCUUGUAAUUUCAGAUUGUAUCUGCAAAUAAAGUUCCUUGCAAACUUCUUUGUUUUUCAGAAGUUCUUCCCUUCCCUUUGUUUCAAUUGGCUUACCAAACAGAAAAUAAGUUGGCCUGGAAAUUUUUGGAUAAAUUACUGGAAGAAGAAAUCUUGAUUUCCUACUUCUCCUGUCACUUGAGUCCCUCUCCUUACUUUGGCCAUAAUAAUAUUUCUUCUUUUUAUUAAUUCCUUCAUAAGAGGCAUUUUCAUGACAUCAUUAUAAUCAAGAAACUCUUACACUUCAUCGUCGCCAACUACUCCAAACGGAACAAUUUUCUGCCUGAAUUUUAAUGCCGUUCUUACAAAUUCAGGUUCCUCCUGCCAAAACAGCUUGUACUUUUCACCUUUCCGUUGCAACGCCUCCCAUACAUUGCCAGGAUAGAGAAGAACGUGACAUUUGUUUCACAUUAUCUUGAAAAAAAUUUCUAGCCGUUGAACUCCCUGAAUAAUCUAAACUGCUGUUAAUUUCUUGCUGUUGAACUCCCCGAUUAAACCCCUGUUUGAUGUCAUUAUUUGGGAAAAACAAUGUUUUGAAUAGAUAUUUUUAGAAGAAUGUGUGGUUAAAAAGUUGGAAAAAGUUUUGGGUUCCCAUGCAGAAUAUUAGUGUGAAUGUGGUUAAUUUCACGUAAUGAUUGUC